AUUUUCAGAUGAGAUUACUAUUUCUACUUUUUAGUGCAAUAUGUUUUGCAAGUUCAUACAAGAUUCUUUUCUACACGAAUCUUUUCGGUCACAGUCAUGUGAAAUUUUUGGGUGCUGCAGCAGAUACUUUGACAGAUGCAGGACAUAAUGUGACUGUCUUGAUACCUGUAUUCGACAAAGCACUGAAGACAUCUUUAAAAUCUACAAAAAACGUAAUUAUGCUUCAACCAACUGAAGAUAUCGCCAAUUUUGUGAAAGGAAGAGCUACUAUGUUGAAAAAUAUAUGGCUACAGGAUAAUACAAAUCCUUUGACAAUGAUUAAAAAAGUGGAAACAAUGUCAAAAAUUUUCAGCUCUCAAUGCAAGAGAGUGCUGUCUGAAACUGAUAUUAUUGAAAAAUUGAAAGCAGAAAACUACGAUUUGGCUAUUACGGAACCAUUUGAUACAUGCGCUUAUGAAUUCUUCGAAGCCAUCGAGACUCGGACCCACGUGGCAAUCUUAUCAGCCAGUCGCUACGACCAUGUGAGUGACGUCAUCGGACAACCUGCUGCUGCAAGUUACAAUCCCGGUCUACUGUCUAGCAAUGGAGAUCAAAUGACAAUGCCACAAAGACUUUUAAAUUUAAUUCAAUAUGCUGCUGGAUCAUACUUCUUCAGUUACGUUGGUGAUAAAGAUGCUGAAGUAGCAAAAGAAAUUAAUCCAAAAUGGAGAUCAUGGAGAGAAACGUUACCGGAAGCAUCUUUUAUAAUGACAAAUCAAAUUCCACUUUUGGAUUUUCCUGCUCCAACAUUUGAUAAAAUAAUUCCAAUCGGAGGAUUAUCAGUUAAAACUGAUAAAAAAUCAUUGAAACUUGAAGAGAAAUGGAGCAAGAUUUUAGAUAUUCGAAAGAAAAAUGUGUUCAUUUCAUUUGGAUCAAAUGCAAGAUCUGUCGAUAUGCCAUUGGAAUACAAAAAGACAUUCCUCCAAGUGAUCAAAUCAAUGCCAGAUACCACAUUUAUUUGGAAAUACGAAGAUUUGAAUGAUAAAUUCACAGAAGGAAUUGAAAAUGUCUAUCUUGGAGAUUGGCUUCCACAAAAUGAACUUCUUGCUGAUAAAAGAUUAAAUGUUUUUGUAACUCAUGGAGGUCUUGGCUCAGUUACUGAACUUUCCAUGAUGGGUACUCCUGCUGUUAUGAUUCCUCUCUUUGCUGAUCAAUCCAGAAAUGCUCAAAUGCUCAAGCGUCAUGGAGGAGCAGCUGUUCUCGUGAAAAACGAUCUAUCUAACCCUAAACUCGUGCAAGAAACAAUUGAAAAAGUAAUUAAUAAUUCGGAGUACAGAAAGAAUGCUGAGAGGCUAUCCGAAAUGCUCAAUAAUCUGCCGACAAAUCCCAGAGAGACACUUGUAAAAUACGUGGAAUUUGCAGCAAGAUUUGGAAAACUGCCGUCUCUAGAUAAUUAUGGAAGACAACAAUCAUUCGUUGAGUACUUCUUUUUGGACAUUAUCGCAAUUUUUAUUCUGAUUACUUUGAUAUUUUUAUAUGUUUCUUUUAGAAUUGUUAAAUUUGCUUUUAGAAAAUGUAUUGGAUCUAGAAAUAUUGACCAAAAAAGUAAAAAAGAAUAAGUGCAGGUUGUAAUUUUUUGUGAUCUCAUCAUUGUUGUGAUUAUUCGAAUAAAAUAAAAAUUCAGAUUUCAAAA